AUGGCUGAGUCUUCUGGCGUCGAUACUUCGCCUAUUUCGCCUGUCGAGCGACGCAACUCGCUCGAGAAGUAUCUCCAACACCGUCCUGGCCAGCAGGAUUUGAAAGAUAGACACAUACUUCUCGACACAAAUGUUGCUCCGUCCCUGCAAGCAGCACAACAGGAGCUAGCCCGCCAGAAGGCAGCAGACAGCCUCAAGAAGCAUUUGGAGAAAAGGCCUGAUCGCGAAGACCUCGUGGAGAGAAACAUCCUUCCGUCCUCCACGGCUGCUCCGGCUCUCCAGGCCCAUGCGCGUGAGCUAGAAAAACACAUGCUGGCUGAUAAUCUGGAACAUAAGAUUCAGAGCCGUCCCAAACCUGAAGAGCUCAUUCAUCGUGGCAUUCUGGAUGAGGAUGAAGACCCCACACGCCCAGCUCAGUAG